AAAUAUUUGUAACUAACCUACAAAAUACAGAACAGGCAGGCCCUAUCCUAUAAUAUAAGUAGUUCCUAUAAUUUUUGUAUUGAAUUCGUUCGCUAAAAUGAUGUAUCCUUUAUCAAUAACACACAGUUUACUUCAACUAAGAAAUAUUUUAAAAAUUACCAGUGGAGGUUUGCAUACCGAUGCAGUUUGUUUUGCCGCUGUUAAAAAGACUACUUCAGCGGCCGGAGGUGUAAUGGGCUUGGGCAAGGGCAAAAAGAAAGUGGGCAAAUUGACCACAAUGGAGAAGAAGGUACUGCCAGUUGAGACCGAUGCACAGAAACUUGUGACCCAUGUGUGUGGCUCCAACAUUUACACCACAGGGGAGGAUGUUAAGAUAAAAGACGACAGUGAAUACCCGGAGUGGUUGUGGGAGCUCAGAACGGUCCCGGCGAAGCUGGAGGAGCUCGACCCCGGCUCCAAGCGCUACUGGCUGCGCGUGCGCGCGGCCGGCAUGCGCAGGAACAACAUGCUCAAGUCUAUGAGGAAGUUCUAGUGCUCUAGUGUUGAGGGUUACAGGGAACUUGCACAGGCAUGUAAUAGAGAAGUUGCCAUCUUCGGGUUUUGCCGUUUUGUAUAUUGAAUGUUUUAGGAAGUCGUCAUUUUAGAAUGUUGUCGUUCUCAAAGAGUAUUUGUUUGACAAAUAUUUUUGAAACUAGAAGGGUAAUAGAGCAGACAGUUUUUUAAACCAAAAAACAUUUUCAAAUCAAGUCUGUUUGUGUUUCCUUCAAAUAGAUUAAUUAUUUAUAAAUAACUGUAAUAUAAUUAGAAUAAAAAGUUAACAAUAUUU